AUGGCUCCUGGUCUUGUUUCACCCGUUCCGGGUAACCUAUCCUCUUCCUUCUACAACGAGCGUCCUGGUAACUCUCGCAAUGUCUCUGCAUUCUCUACCCACUUUGACAGUGAUACCUUCUCUCAAAAUGGUCGUUCUACACGCCGGGAGUCAGGCAUCCUCCACCGCAAUAUGAGUGGUGCUGGAGGCUCCAACCUCACUAGCCUGGUGCACUCCUUGUACCAGCGCAGUGGCAACGAGCUUGGUGGCCAUGCAUCAUCCCGGCUGAUGAACAGCAGCUAUGAGUCCCUCAAGGAGUGGAUCCGCGUUCAGCGUAUGAGCCACCUGCCCCCGGAGGGAAGCAACUAUGAUAAGGUGCUGUCCUGGGCACUUCUUUUCAUUGAGCGUUUGCACCACUUCGACUCAAACAUCAAUAAAUUUGCUGGCGACAGCUACCUCGCCACUCAGCUGUCGUACGGAUACUGCGGCAUGCUCCUUGAUCUCGGCAAGGAGAAUGCUGAGGCGCUGAUGACCUCUUUUGGCUUCUUCUACAGCACUUCCUCUACCCUGGUCAACCUUCUUGAGCGUACCGAGUUGUUUGAUGUCUCGCAGGAGAUCAAGGAACAACUCAUCCUGGCUCUCGCUGAUCUGGUGACCCUGGUUUCCAGCGUUUCUACCCACUUCCACCAGGCUAUCAGUGGAUUGACCAAGGCUUCUGUCUCUGUUCACAUCUACGAUACCUUCCGCGGUCAGAUCCUUGCAUUCAAGGAGCGCUGCAGCAAGAUCUCCGAGGCAAUGUGGCGCCACCAGCUUGUUCGCGACAACCUUAGUGCUGAGCGCGUCUCCGUCGUUCGUGGCGUUCGCUCCUGGCUUGCACCCGAAGACCGUGUUCUGGCUCACCUGGCCGAGAACACCUCCCAUCUUGCCCAUGAGCGCGAGGAGAUGACCUGCCUCUGGGUUUCUCAGCACCUGACCAACUUCCUGAAGAGCCAGAAACGCACCCUUGCCAUCACUGGUAAGCCUGGGUCCGGAAAGACCGUCACUGCUUCCGUCAUUAUCGACCGUCUUCAGGACCCCAUCGCUGGUGUCUCCUACAAGACCCUUUACAUCCCCAUCAAUGCGCGCGUUCCAGCAGAGACUACGUCUACUGCUAUCGUCAAGACUAUCCUGUACCAGCUCUUCGAGAAGCGCAUUGGUAACACUGGGCUUCUGCAGAUCAUGGAGGAGGCUUAUGAGCGUAGCAAGAAGACUACCGAUGCGGCGCAGUAUGAUACCAUUCUCUGGACCGCAUUGGAGCGCGCUCUCGACGCUGCUCUGCAGAAUGCUAAGGAGCUGGUCAUUGUCGUUGACGGUGUUGACGAGGCCACUGGUGGCGAGGCUCCUUUGCUCCAGAAGCUGCUUACUGCGACCGGCCAUGCUAACGGUGUUAAGCUCAUUACCCUGGGUGCUGAGCAGCCCAAGGCCGCUGAGAGCCUUGUACACCUGCCGAUCACUGAUGAUCGCAUUGGAGAUGAUGUCUCCACCGUUGUUCGCGCCAGCUUCGAGGAGUACCAGAUUUUCUUAGACCUGCCAGAGAUGGAGCAGGAGAUCAUCGUUGACCAGAUCACUGAGGGGGCUCAGCGCUCCUUCCUUUGGGCUAAGUUGUGCUCUAAGCGUGUCCGUCAGGAGAAGACCCCGGAGGCUUUCCACAAGGCCGUUGAGACUAUCGUGAACAGCAAGCUCACCGUCACGGAUUUUGUCCUCAACACCGUCCAGGCCCCUGAUGUCAAGGAUGAGGCUCGCCAGAUCUUGCUGUGGCUUGCCACUGCUGACCGUCCCUUCACCUUGAAGGAGCUGACCCUUCUGUCCGCCAUUGAUGUUACUAAGCAAACCAUCACCGAUGGUAUUGUGAAGCCUCUGGACUUCCUGCGUCCUGUGAACAACCUGGUUUUCGUGCAGGAUGGUCAGGUGUAUCUGCGUCACGGCCUGAUUCGCACCUCCCUCCUGGAGAUCCAGUCUAAGGGCAAGCUGGUGCCUUCCAUCAAGGACCGUCAUGCUGACUUUGUUACUCGCCUCUUUAUCUACAUCAAGAACGUUCUCCCAGAGCAGCACGAGCCAUCUCUUACUCCCCUUGAUGGCCAUGACACCACUUCAUUCGUGCAGAGGAACCCCUUCCUCGACUUCUGUGUCCGAUACUGGCCUCGUCACCUCACGCAGACCACCGUCUACACUACCGGCGGUGAUGCGCCUACUGCUAAGGAGUUCGCCAAGAUCUUCCCGGCUACUAUUACCUUGCUGCUGCUCCAGAACACCCUGUGGCACACCAUCAUCACUCCAACUCUGGUCACUUACCAGACCACUGUCACCAACUUGUGUCGCAACAUUCUGUCUCCCAAGCAUGUGGUAACUCUCCAAUCCAUCAUCACCUUGGCCUUCCUGCGCCGUGAUAUUAGUCAGGUUACCGAUUGCAUCCCACUCUUCUACGAGAUCACCAUCCUGAGCCGUGAUCUGCUCCUCACCAAGCACCUCAUUACCAUGAAGAUUGCCAACAUCUUCCUUGAGUUGACUUCCAUGCACACCACUACCUCCCGCACUGAUAUCAUGAUCAAGCGUGAGGAGAUUCUUCUGCUUGUUGUUGAGUGCUAUAAGAUCCACUACGGCAAUUCUUCUGAGCAGGUUGUGACUACUCUCAAGGCCUUGAUCGAGCACUACCGCUUGACCAAGGAGGAGAAGAAGAUCCAGGAGAUUACCACCACCAUCAACACCAUCACCACUGGUUAUGAGGCUGGCGAUGGAUCUCGCGGUGAUCUCCAUCUCCACCUGAAGGGCCACAAGCGUGAGGAGAGUGAGGGUGGUAUCCUCUUCAUCUUGGAUGCCGAGGAGGAUGAGUCCAUCGAUGAGAGCUUUGACUAUGAGGCGCUUAUUGCACUGGCCGAGAAGUACCGCGCUGAAGGCAAGAUCACCGAGGCGGAGCGAAUCUAUGUUGAGAUCUGGCAGCGUGCCAACCGGGAAUGUCGUAUCCAAACCACCUCUUUCUGGGAGGAGAUCAAGUUGAAGGCUGUUGUCGCCUACUCCAAGUUCUUGAAGACGGAGAAGCGUGAGUCAGAGGCCUCAUCCAUUCUGUCCAGCGUUUGGGAGGAGCACCGUCACACCAGCCUGGCUAUCUCUGAGAAGUCUUCCCACCACUACGAGGAGAUCGCCACUGUUAUGGCUUCCGUUGGCCUCUCAGCUGCUGCUCUGUCCAUUUACAAGCAGGUUGCCCACUACUUCCAGAGCACCAGCCAGACAAAGUCUUCCCGCUUUGAACAGAUCCAGAAGAGCAUUUCCAGCACUUCUGAGCAGGUCAUAAAGUCGAGCCACUCUUCUCAGUCGAGCGUUUCUGAAUCCACUCUGGAAGAGAUUAUCUACGAGUCCUUCUCCUCCCAGAAAUUCGACGAGAGCUCCUUCACUGCUACUGCGACUUUGAUCACCCAGUUCACCUCCCAGCACCGCUGGAAGGAUGCUACUCGCGUGAUCAAGAAGGUUCUCCUUCAGGGUCUCUGGCCUGACCUGUUUGCUCCCUCCAUUGAGGAUGUGGUUCUCCCCAAACAAAGCGCCGACAAGGCUAUCGAGUAUGCCGAGCGCCUUGGCCAGUGCUACCACUACCGCCGUCGCUUCCCCCGCGAGGAGAACAUCCGUAUUCGCGUUUACCGUGCGGUCCGUGCUGGACGUCCUGUCGAUGACAAGGUGCGCGAGCGUGUCACCGAGGCUCUGAUUCGCUUCUUCGAGCGUAAUUCCCAGCCUGACAGUGUCAUCACAACCCGCCAGGAGACCUUGGAUGACUACAUCAAGCACUACGGCCGUGACCACCCCGUUGUAAUCAAGACUCUGUGGACCCUCGCUGAGCUGACCCGACCUCGUCCCAUCUUCGUCGAGUACUACCAGCGUAUCAUUCGCGCUCUCAACAAGGAUGCCCCUACCUGCAAGCCUGAGGCUCUAGAGCCCCUGGUCCUCGUUGCUACUGAGCUUUGGACUCAGAGCCGCUACUCUGAUGCCGUGCCUUACUUCACCUUGCUGUUCACCACCUUCCUCCACCAGCCCAAGCAGCCCCGCUUCGAGAACCCUUCCUUCGUUCAGGAGAUCUUCACCCGGUAUACCCACUGUCUGCGCUCCGUUCGCACUGACUACAACGUGAUCCACAAGGUUACUGUUGACUACCACUCCAAGGUAAAGACCGUGUUCUCUGCCACUGCUUCGAUCACUAUCCAGGCUACUCUCACUCUUGCCAAGGUGUGCCAGGAGUCCAAGCGCUACGAGUCUGAGGCCAUCGCUCUUUAUGAGGAGCUGCUCAAGAUUGGCUCCAAGGAGCUUGACCUCGAUGAGAUCUCUGCCACUUUGGACGGUAUCUACGAGGAGCAAACUGCUAUUGGCCUUCACUCCGAGAGUGCGUCUAAGCAGCAAAUCGAAACUGCUUCCAAGGUCUUGCGCAAGCGUGUCACCACCAUUCGUGAGAGCCACGGCUGGGCCCACGAGGAGUCUAUCUCUAAGAUGAAGGAGAUCGUCGAGUUCAACUACAAGCACAGCUCUGCAGAGUCUGUUCACAAGGAGCUCAAGGAGUCGACCAUCAAUAUCCUGAAGGAGUCUACCUCGUCCACUCUCCUUGUAUCUGCUGCCAUCGCCAUUGCCAGCAGCUACAUCGCCGCCAACCAGGUCCACAAGGCUACUGAGAUGUCUGAGGAGCUCUACCGCCAGGUCAUCAUGAAGGACACCACCAACAUCAAGACCUCUCAGUUUGAUCUGACCUCCAAGGGCCGGCAGAGUCUGGUCUUCCUGGCUCAGCUCGAGCACAGCCUUCGCCAGCAGACUACCAGCGUCACUGAGAUCCUUGCUUCUCUGACUACUGAGUACGUGUACUUUGAGGAGUUCCGCAGCUCCACCUCGAGCAAGAGCGCCACCUUCCAUAGCGUCUCCCUGUCGGCUACCCGCCUGUACCACUUCUUGCUCCGUGCCAACCGCCAGACCGCGGCCGCUCAUGUCUUCAACGAAUAUGUUGCUUACUUCGUGGCCACCGAGGGCAAGCGCACGAAGCUGACUGAUGCUGCCCAAGUUAAAAUCUUCCUGACUGUUAUUCUGACUCACUUCAACACCCACCAGUCCUCGAACUUCGUUCGCUCGGUUGGUAUUGCCAGCAACCUGCACGUCAUCAAGCUGCUCGAGUCCAAGAAAUACGACGAUGCCUCCAAUCUGGCCCUCGCCGCUUUCCAGUACAUCUCUGCUCAUGAUGUGUUCCGCACUGCCGAGAUCGUCAAGUUUGUCUUCACCCUUGGUGUUUUCAUCACUGGCCGCACCAUCACUCCCCAGCCCGACGCUGCUACCCAGAAGAAGCUGCACGGCGUCUCCUCUGUCAUCAUCAAGGAGGUCUUGCGCGUCAUCAGCGACCUGCAGAUUAACCUGUCCCAGAUCAGUCUGGACUACCUGAACAUCCUGAUUGGCCUCCUCGGCGAGCAGCAGGACUACAAGACCCUUGUCUGGCUCCUCAGCGGACUCUGGACCAGCCGCAACAAGCAAGCUACCUGGCCCGCCCAGGUCAUUCUCAGCCUUGCCCGCCGCUACAUUCUCGCCCGUUAUCUCGUCGGCGAUUCCCUCAAGGCUGUUCGUCUCGCCGAGGACAUUGUGUACAACUGCCGCCGCGUCAACGGUCCUCGCCACUCCAGCACCCUGGAGAUGUCCACUCUGCUGACGCAGCUGUACACCGGUAUUGCCCAGCGCUACCAGACCACCAAGGGUGGCCACAACAUGGCCAACAAGUACUACAAGAAGGCCGCUAGCGUGCACGAGAACUUGCUCCGCAUCUUCAUCGACCCUGCUCUUGCCGAUAUUGAGGGUGGUCUCGAGAGCAGCUUCAGCCUCGAUGGAUCUGCCUAUGACUUAAACAUCGAGGAGACUUCUAAUGGUUCUACCAUAAGUGAGGGUGAGCACGCUCGUCAGCAUCUCCACCUCCUCAAGCUUGCUGUCCAGCGUUUGGGUGACUGGCCCAAGGAGUAUGUCGACUAUGAAAACCUGAAUGCUGAGCUCUUUGCCAAGUUUGGCUCUGAGCUCCAGGGCUUUGAGGGUGUUGAGAAGUGGAACUUGAAGGGCUUCGGCUCUGGCAAGUCUUCUGCCAACGAUGAUGUUUUGAACCUUGAAACUAUCUCUUGGGAGAUUGAUCUUCACCAGCCCACUUACUACGAGGAAGAGGAGGAGCUCUAG